AUGUAUGCCCCACCUCCUCUAUGGACUAAUCAGCCAACAUUAAGACAAUUUGUUGUUGAGUGACCGGAAUUCGGACUGUGUGGACGUGUUGAUAUCAUCAUGCGCUCUUUAUUACUAUUAUGCGCCUUUUGCGCGGCAUGUAAAGCAGCGACCACACCAGUGGCUGCGCCCGCGCCGUUUAGUUGUGGGGAGAUACCUGAAAAUGUCGCCUUCUGCCUGGGCUCGCCUCAUCUGUUGACCCCGGACAUGAUCAAAAGCUGCACGGCUACAACACAGUGCGAGAAACUAACGUGCGCAUACAAGAAAGCUCACUGGAUAUCCGGCCACGCCAUAGACAAGAAGAAGCUUGGAGAAUACCUCGAUACUUACGCCACCCAGCACCCCGAGUGGGCACCAGCAGUCGCUCAGACCAAAGCCCUAUGUCUCCAGGAUCUGCCGGCACAGGGGGUGCUGCUGAACUGCCCCGCGUAUGACGUCACACACUGCAUACAGACUAACUUUGCUCGGUUCGCCCAACCAAGUCAGUGGUCAUCGUCAGCGAACUGCGAGUACGCGCGCCAAUUCGUCGCCAACUGCCCCUUCUGCCCGUCAGACUGCUACUCGCCGCAGAUACCGAUAGGAUCCUGCAACGCCUGUCUGUCCUGGCCGAAGAAGCAGUAACGACGAAACCGGAUUGAACCGGAAUGAACCAGACAAAACUGGAUCGAACUGGAUUAAAUCGGAAAAAAACUGCACUGGAACAAACCAAAAUCUACUGAAACAAACUGGAUUGAACCGGAUUCCGGAAUAAACCAAACUUUAUCGGAUCAAACUUAAAAGCAAUUGUUUUUGAUAAAAUUUGAAUGCGUGUGAACGCGAACCCAACCGUAACGUUUUCUAUAUUAUAUUUUGGCUCUACAUGAGACAUAGUAGGCAUUGGUUUUUAAUAAUAAUAAAAUAGUAAGUUUCCUCAAGUUUUUGUUUUCAAUGAUAUCGAAUACCUAAUUGAAUUCCUAGCCAACUUAAUAGAAACCAUUAUGCUAACAAUGUUUCUUUCCAGUUUUAAUGACAGUCUAUGUAUGAAUACAGGAGGAUUGCGGAGCAUUAAAAUAUUAUGUAGAAUUACUCUAUAGUAGAAUGUUAUUACUCCACAUAUAGUCAUUCUCGUUUCAGCGAAUGAUCAACUUGUAAAUUGUAGAAUAGAACAUGACAAUGCUGAUGUAAUGAUGAUUUUAAAUACAGAAUU